GAAGACCGGGUAGUGAACCAUUUGGCAGCAAAGAUAAUUGAAAAUGUUUGCACUACUCUCUCUUGCCAUGCCCAAGGAUUUAUUACAGGAGAAAUUGGACCUGUCUUGUGGUACCUUUUCACACAUUCUACAGUAGAUUCUUUGAAGAUAACUGCUGUUUCGGCUUUAUGCAGAAUUACUCGUUACUCACCUAAUGCUUUCCAGAGUGUCAUUGAAAAAGUGGGAUUAACAGCUGUACUAAAUUCCUUGGCAAAUGGAAUAUGCAGAAUUCAGCAGUACAUGCUCACCAUGUUUUUGGCAAUGUUGUCAUGUGGGAUUCAUCUACAGAGGCUGAUUCAAGAAAAGGAUUUUGUGACUACAAUUACUCGUUUACUUGAAAGUCCUUCAACUUUUAUUCGAGCAAAAGCCUUUCUGGUCCUGCUACAAGUUUUAAUUAAUAACAGGGAGAUGUUGCUACUCAGUUGUCAAGCAAGACUCGUGAUGUAUAUUGAAAGAGACAGCAGAAAGACUAUGCCAGGAAAAGAGCAGCAAGGCGGCAGUGAAUAUCUGUCAAAAUGCCUGGAUCUUCUCAUCUAUCACAUUGUGCAGGAGCUGCCAGGAAUUCUAGGUGACAUUCUCACUGCCCUAACUAGUGUCUCUGGACGUAAACACCCAUCAACAGUUCAGGCCAAACAGCUGAAGAUGUGCCUUCCUAUGAUGCCUGUAGUGCUUCAUCUUGUGACAUCCCAGGUAUUUCGUCCCCAGAUAGUCACAGAGGAGUUUCUUUUCAACUAUGGGACCUUACUUAAUUUUAUCAGAUCCAUAGAUUCAGGAGAAACAAACUUGGAUGGAGCAAUAGGGCAAGCUGCAUCAGAAGAAUUGAUUAAGACUACUUUAUCAACCUUUGAAGCAGUAACACAGCAUCCUGUCUUGUUGACAAUCCAUCGCUUGACCGUUGAAGACUGUAUCUUCCCACCACUAGUUUCUUUGGUCCACAGUCAGAAUGUGGAAUGGAGACUCUUCAGCUUGCGGUUGCUCUCAGAAACCACAUCACUGCUUUUAAACCACGAGGUCAUGGCUGAGGAGAAAGGGGAGAGCCCUGACUCAAACAGCAAGCUUCUGUCUCUCAUUAGAGAUUCAUUGCUGCCUCAGUAUGAGCACAUUCUGCUGGCUCCAGACCCAGUACCAAUGUAUGCUCUGAAACUGUUGGUGGCCCUGACUGAACACAGCCCUGCUUCUGUAAGCCUUGUGGAAGAAAUCCGUCUUUUUCCAGUUCUUUUCCAAGUCAUCUUGGAACACCAAGACAGUAUACUUGGGAAUACAAUGCAAACUGUAAUUGCCUUACUGAAUAACAUGGUUGCUAACAAAAGCACGAACAUGAUGCUACUCUUUGAAGAAGGACUGGCUCAUCAUAUCUGUAAUCUCCUAAUAGAAACUGUAGCUCUGUACUUGGAGGCAGAUGAUAAAAGCAGCACCAAGACAGAAAAUGCACUGCUUCUGUCCUUGCUUGACAUUUUGCACUGCAUGCUGAUGUAUACAGCAAACAUUGUGCGCCAGACAUUACAGGCACAGAAGUCUGGCGCAGGAGGGGACACACAGGCUGCUGAAGACCUUCUGCUUAUCAAUAAACCCCUGAUGGACCUAAUUAGCCUGCUUAUUCAACUGCUUCCCAGUGAAGAUACUGAAAUAUUCGUCAGUGCCUCACAGUGCUUAUCAUUGCUCGUUCAGCUGUAUGGAGGGAACGGUCAGGAGAGUAUGUCUCCAGAAAACAUGGACAGUUUUGCUGAAGUACUGAAGUCCAAAAAAGAUACACAACAACUGAAGCUUUUGUUGAGAAUUGUAAAGAGACUGAUAACUUCAAACGAGAAGCACUCAGAGAGCCUGAAGAAUGAUGGUGAUGCUCUUAUCCAAACUCUAGAGAGCCUGGCCCAAACUGCCAGCUCUCACGCUGAUGCUGCUGUAGCUUCCUUGGCAUUUGAAAUUCUGAGAACGGUGGGACACGAGAACAUCAAGACUACGAAGUGA